AUGAAGGAGAUGAAGAUGACGAUGAUCAAGAACAAGAACACCAACCUAACAACAACCCAGAAGGUACAUCUUGAAGAAGAGAAGGAAGAUACCACACGGAUCAUGGAAGAAGAGGCAGAUGAUGAUGAGCUUUGGAAUGGAGAAGCAAUGAGAACAAUGUAUUCUGAUGAUCUGAACAUGGAAGAGAUUUAUGCUUCUCGGCCUUUUUCUCCACACAGGGAUGGAAGUGAGAUCCUUAAACGUAAGGCAUGGUGA